CCCGCCCGCCCUUUGUUAACCUCAUCUGCAACCCCGGUGCCACUGCAGACGUUUGCUCACAGCGGCGAUGGACCUUUCGGACAAGCAGAACCGCGGCCGCAUCCAGGCAGUGGAGCAGUCCUUCGGCCCGGCGGGGCUGUCCCUGUUCAAGCCGGGCCGGGUUCUGUUGGGACAAGGCCGGCUGAUGAAGCAAGGUCGACGCAAGCCGCAGCCCAAGGCUUUCUUCCUCUUCAACGACGUGCUGGUGUACGGCAGCAUCAUCCUGAACGGCCGCUGGCACAAGAAGCAGAAGAUCAUCAGUCUGGAGGGCAUCAAGCUGGAGGACAUGGAGGACACGGAUAGAGCCAGGAACCAGUGGCUGAUCCGCACGCCCCGCAAGUCGUUCUUCGUGUCGGCCCCUUCGCACGAGGAGAAGCGGGCCUGGAUGGAGCACAUCGAGGAGUGCUGCUCCAACCUGCAGCGGGGCGGCGGGGGCCCGGCCGGUUCCCACUUUGCCGUCGUCUGGAUCCCCGACCAGGCGGCCUACAAGUGCAUGCGCUGCUUCGACAAGUUCACCCCGACCAAGCGUCGCCACCACUGCCGAAAAUGCGGCUUCCUGGUGUGCAACGCGUGCUCCACGAAGCGAGCGGUGAUAAGCCACAUCCACCCCACCAAGCUGCUGAGGGUGUGCCGCCUGUGCGACCAGAGGAGGGAAGAAGGAGAAGUGGGGAAGACCCGUCCGGGGGAGGCGCAGGUGGCGCAGGAGGCGGAGGAGGCGUGGUCCAGCGAGGAGGAGGAGGAGGAGGAGGAGGAGGAGGAGGAGGGGGUGACGCUGAACAACAGCUGGCUGGCUUCACACACUAUGGACACCGUGUUUACCAAACGCUGAUGAAUCAGCGGCCAAAGUAAAACCACAGCGCGCCGAGGCGGCCAUCGGCAUGGCGGCGCUUUAAACACUGCAUGGUGGCCUUUGGGCCGAGAUCACUCAGGGAGGGAAGCAAAUGCAGCAGUCGGGUUUAAAGUUCAAAACCUUGAAAGAGUAUUCUGUGUGGCACUUAUCAAUCUGUGGAACACACCAUUAUCUUCUCAAAUAUUAUUUAAUGUCAGAGGAUGUCGAGAAGAACAGCGUAUGCCGUUAUGAAACUGCAUUGUAACAAUUUGUAAAUUAUGUAAAAAAUAAUAAAGUGCUUUCAAAGCUUAAA